CCACCACCACCACCACCACCAGCAGCAGCAGCCGUAGCCGCCGCAGCUCGCUGUAGGAGACUCGCUGUACCAGCUACACUGAUCGCUCUGUGCUCUUUGCACGUUGUCAACCAGUGUUGUCAUCCCCGUAACGGCUCCGGAGGAAUUCUUUUCAAACCUUUUUAUAAGGGGGUCGCUUGGUAUUUUUUCAACAGAUGCGCCGGCCGGGAUUCUUCCAUGGUACUGCUGCAGACUUUGUGUUUUCUUUUUCUAUCCAUUCCUGAGUUCUCCGGCGUUGUUCCGAGCGAGCGGACGCACGCCUCACUGUGUCAGACGAACGCACGUCAAGCCUGCUGCUGAUUAGAAGAUGGGAGCCUCGUGUCAAACAAAUAUGCUGCUCUUUGUUUUCCUGUGGAGUUUCUUCACACACUCUGGGCACACUGCCUACCCCAGGAUACGGCUCUCAUAUUCAGAUCUGUGGCAGAUGAACAGGACCGUGGUGUUCCAGGCCCAGCAGGGGACUCUGCUCCAGGCUCAGACCAUGCUGCUUGAUGAGCCCAACGAGAGGCUCUACGUCGGGGCCAAGAACCGCCUUCUCUCUCUGCGCCUGGAGCACAUCAACAGGGACCACAAAGAGAUCCGCUGGGCGAGCAGUGAGUCCCAGAUCGAGGAGUGUCUGAUGAAGGGCCGAGAGAAGCCGGAGUGCGCCAACUACAUCAAGGUGCUGCAGCAGUACAACAGCACCCACCUGUUGGCCUGCGGGACUGGAGCUUUCAACCCCACCUGUGGUCUGCUGGCGGUGGGAACCAAGGCAACCGACAGGCUGUUCUCCCUGGCGGAGGAGAGUGUUGAGAGCGGCCGGGGCCGCUGCCCCUACGACCCCAACAGUCUGUGCACCUCCACCCUCUACAGAGGGGAGCUGUACAUCGGCGUGUACACCGACUACUGGGAGAACGACGGGGCGCUGUGCCGACUCAACAGCCAGACGUACACGCGCACCGAGCGGGAUGACAGACAGCAGCUGAACCAGCCUAAGUUCAUCAAGUCGGUGGUGAUCCCCGAUAAUGACGACCCAGAGGACGACAAGGUGUACUUCUUCUUCACCGAGCGGGAGCAGAACCCGGAGGGAGAGACCAAGGCCGUGUACACCCGGGUCGGACGCGUCUGUGCUAACGACCAGGGAGGCCGGAGAAUGUUGGUCAACAGAUGGAGCUCCUUCCUGAAGACGCGCCUCAUCUGCUCGGUGGCCGGGGCCAACGGCAUCGACACACACUUUGACGAGCUCGAGGACAUCUUCGUGCUCCAGAACAAGGACCAGAAGAAUCCAGAGAUCUUUGGACUUUUCAGCACCACGAGCGCCGUCUUCAAGGGCUACGCCGUGUGCGUCUACCAGAUGGACGACGUCAGGGCGUCCUUCAACGGGCCCUUCGCCCAGCGGGAGAGGCCUGGCCACCACUGGACCCCCUACGAGGACCGCGUGCCCUACCCCCGCCCCGGCUCCUGUGCCAGUAAGAUGAACGGCGGGGGCUUCUCCAGCUCCAAGGAGUUCCCUGACGAGGUUCUGCGCUUCGUGCGCGCCCACCCGGUCAUGUACCGGGCCGUGCAGCCGCUCCACCGCCGGCCCGUCCUGCUGCAGACCCAGGGGGGAGGGCGCAGGCUGACCCAGCUGGCGGUGGACCGCGUCCAGGCCCAGGACGGCCACUACCACGUCCUGUACAUCGGCACCGACGACUCUGUGGUGUUGAAAGUGAUCACCAUCUACAACAAAGACACGGACACGGUGGAGGAGGUCCUGCUGGAGGAGCUCCAGGUGUUCCAGGUGCCCACAACAAUAACAGAAAUAAUCAUAUCAUCCAAAAAGCAGCAGCUGUACGUGGGCUCGGAGGUGGGCGUGGCCCAGGUGAGGCUGCACCAGUGUGAGCUCUACGGCUCCCAGUGCGCCGACUGCUGCCUGGCCAGGGACCCCUACUGUGCCUGGGAUGGGCUCACCUGCUCCAGGUACUACCCUGCUGGAGUCUACCCCAAAAGCCGCCGGUUCAGGCGCCAGGAUGUUCGCCAUGGCAACGCCGUCCAGCUGUGUAAUGGGCUGCAGAUCGACGACCAGCAGCUGGGCGUGGCAGAGGAGAGGACGGUCUACGGGGUGGAGACCAACAGCACCCUCCUGGAGUGCACCCCUCGCUCCCUUCAGGCCAGGGUGCUCUGGUUCAGACAGCAGGGAGAGCUGCAGCAUGAGCUCCAGGCCAGCGAGCGCGUGGUGCCGACCGCGCACGGGCUGCUCCUCCUGCACGUGCGCGGCUCCGACGCCGGCGUGUACGUGUGCCAGACGGCCGAGCACGGCUACGUGCACGCCCUGCUGCGCGUGGCGCUGGUGGUGCUGAAGGGGGAGCGCGCGGCGGCGGCGGCGGCGGCGGCGGGCGACAGAGAGAAGGAGCUGUCGUGUCCCUCCUCCUCCUCCUCCGGGGGUCCCCAGACAGGGGGGCAGCCCGGCCCCCACUCCCGGGUGUGGUACAAGGAGUUCCUGCAGCUGAUUGGCUACGGGGACGCCCAGCGGGUGGAGGAGUACUGCGAGCGGGUGUGGUGCUCGGACAAGAAGCGCAAGAAGCCCAAGAGGAGGUAUGCCCCCCCCGGGGGGGGGGGGGAGAAGAAGGGGAAGGCCCGAGCAGGGGAGGGCUCCCACCGUGCCCCCAGACACACACUGGAUACAUGAGGGUGUGUGUGUGGCCACGCAUGCACACACACACACACGCCCCCCCCCCCCCGCACACGCACACACAUGCACACAAGUGGAAACACACACGCGGUCAAACACACCCGCACACAGAUGUUGAAACACACACGCACACACUGUUGUUGAAAUGCACACACUCACACGCACACCUCACGCCAACACGCAUUUUGAGACCUAAACAUCCCCUCACCCCCACCGACACACCCACCCCCACCCCCACACACACACAGACUAAAGGUCAGGCUCUCUUGUGUUCCCACCACCGAGCAGAUAUCAGGACACACUUUGUCCCUAGUAUUAUUAUUAUUCGUGUGAGGUAUAUUCGCUUUAAAUGUCCAAAACAACCUUUAGGUCAAAUCAGGGCAAGUUUGUUGAGCAGAUGAAUCCUCACAUGAUCAGCGUUGAAUAAGGGGUUACGUAAAGUCCUGUGGACCGUCAGAACACUGGGCCCCUGCAUGAGCUGAAAUGAGAUGGAGGGGAGGGUGAGCUCUGACCUCAGAGACAUGCCAGGCAUAAGCUCCCCCCCCCCGGAGUGAGCCAGAGCAAACCGCUUGACCAAAACAAACACAAGAGACUUGACAAAUGGCUGAUCUUCUCCCGGCGCUGCGGCCAAUCACGACGACUCGUUCGCCAUGUCACUGUAUCCCACUCCAUCCCAUAUUUUCUACUAAUUUAUUUCCUUUCAGUUUUCAAUCGUAGAUGGGUGUUCAACUGGAAGUACAGUGUUUUUCAUGUUUUUUGUAGCUAAAACGAGCUUUGAGUUCAGUGAUGCUUUAAUAGCAGUGAUCAUAAUGAUGAUGUGGGUUUGAUGGCAUGUAUUAUCAAUAAUAAAUCAGCCCUUAAACUAAAUGCAUAGUAAAUAUUGAAGCACUUAGUGACCAUUCAGUAGUGGGUGAAGUCGAUUAUUUUUUUUAUAUCAUUGGGUAUUUGCGCAUAUGGUGCACACCUUCACAUCUACUGGAUGCUUUUGACGAGACAUACCAACAGUAUUGUAUGCAAUGCACAUUAUAUUUAUUCGAAACUCAAAAUUACUUCUGUGUACACAUCUCGUAACUGCAACCGCAUAUCAAAGAAUUUGCAUCAUCUGACGAUUCAAAAUGAUCAGAUGAUUACUUUGCUUCCACCACUUAUUCUGUUCUCCCCUUCUCUCCGACUGCGUACCUUCUUUUAUCGAAAAACGGUGUAGAUGUCAUCCACAAUUACACCAAACUGUCAUGAAGGAAUUUGUCCUUUUUAAAACCAAUGAUAUUCUUCAAGACAAAAGUGAAACGCCAUUCUUGCUUUUUGUGAUGUAAAAGGUGAAUUUUCAGACGGUAACUAAGGGCGGGGCUUAGGGUCAAGGGGAUCGGUAUCGGAGUAAUCACAGGAAUAUGAUUGGUGGUUGGAAUGCUAUGCCCGCCCACUUGGACUCGGAGACCAAUCCCAAAGGUGCGUCUUUUCUGGAGGAAAUGAGCUGCUGACAGUAAACGUUGUGUCCCGCGUUGUCUCCAAGGUGACCAUUGAAGCAUGCCCUGUGCUGUAUUCAAGUAUUAAGGCCUCAUAAAUAUUCCGUCAAUCUAGAUCUGAGAUGUUUCACAUGUAAUACUUUAAUGUUACAUAAUCUGUUGUAGUGACCUUGCAGUAGUAAUAUACCGUUAGCCUUCUUCAUAUUUUAUUUUCUGUGCCUUAUUUAUGUAAUAUUUGGUCAGUGGAUUAUUUGAACUUUGUUGUGUGACUACGCUUACGUGAUGCAAACCGCCAGAGGGGUCCAACGCUGGUGGAAUCAGGCUGAAGGCAUCGACGGCUGCAUUAAAGUGUGAAUGUUGUGCCUCCUAUUACUCCAAUAAAUACCUUUAACUAAAACAAAUGGUG